ACUACAAGAUAAUCAUGGCGACCUCCAUCGGCAUGGUUGCAAGAGUUGGAGGCGCUGCUCUAACUGUGUUAAAGCCGGUAGCCAGACAAUAUUCAAGGCAGAGGAUAAGUGUGAUCAUCAGGCAUCGAUGUUCACACGGAGCACAGAGCAGUUUGUACGAGCAUGUCUUUAAAGGUUACAGCGACGUGCCCGAGCUCGAUAUGAGAGCAGUGUGUGAGCACACCGACAAAGUCAUAGCAAAUGUAGAGAGCAGGAAGGGUGACCUGCAAGGGGACGAUGUCAGGAAAAUUGUAUGUGUGUGGCAGGAGCUCCAGGCAGUGAGGACGGAAAUCUCUGGGCUGGAGGAGCAGAAGAUUCUCAUCGGUAGAACAGUCAGAGCACUACUGGCCAAGAAAGACAAGAAAGCCCUUGUCAAUGUUCCAGAGUACAGCCAGGCUCUGCAGACGGGCCGAGACGUCCGCAACAGACUGAAUCAACUGUACCCCAAAGAGACGGAGCUGCUUCAGGAACACUACGGACGAGCGCUCAGACUGCCCAACACCACACACCCUGAUGUGCCUGUUGGAGACGAGAGCCAGGCGCGGGUGGUGGAGCUGGUUGGACAGAAACCAGAGUUUGACUUCAAGCCCAGAGGCCAUUUAGAGCUGGGGGAGGAGUUGGGUCUCGUCAGGCAGAGACAUCUAGCUCAUAUCUCAGGCCACAGGUCCUACUAUCUGAGGGGAGCAGGGGCCCGACUUCAGACCGCACUGCAGAACUUUGCACUGGACACACUGCAGCGACGGGGCUUUAUCCCCAUGGUUGUGCCGGACAUGCUGAAGGGGGCAGUGUUUGAGGGUUGUGGGAUGCAGCCCAAGUCCUACAGCUCUCAGGUGUACUCACUGGACCAGGCUCGUUUCCCAGACCUCAGCCUGGCUGGGACCGGAGAGGUCGGGGUGGCAGGCUUCUUCAUGGAUCAUGCGGUGAACUGGAAGGACCUGCCUGUCCGGACGGCGUGCAGCAGCACCUGCUACAGAGCAGAGACGGACACCGGCAGAGAGACGUGGGGGCUCUACAGGGUCCAUCACUUCAACAAGGUAGAGAUGUUUGGAGUGACAGCAGACGAGACCGGAGAAGAGAGCUCGCAGCUGCUGGAGGAGUUUAUCUCUCUGCAGAAAGAGAUCUUCUCUGCACUGGAGCUACACUACAGAGUGCUGGACAUGCCGACGCAGGAACUGGGUCCUCCAGCACACAGGAAGUAUGACAUCGAGGCGUGGAUGCCUGGGAGGGACAGCUUUGGAGAGAUUUCCAGUGGGUCCAACUGCACAGACUACCAGAGCAGACGCCUCAACAUGGUGUAUGAGCGGGAGGACGGCAGCCUGCAGUACGCCCACACAGUGAACGCUACAGCGUGUGCAAUCCCCCGAACCAUCAUCGCUAUCCUGGAGACUCACCAGACUAAAGAAGGAACAGUGCGUGUCCCCCGAGCCCUGCAGCCGUAUUUGGGCCUAGAAGAGAUCGAGACGCCGAAGUAUACUCCACUGAAAUACAUCGGACCCAACCAGCACAGUCGACCACCCAGACCUGCUCCCAAGACCCGAUGACGCAAACAAAAGCUCCUGAGGGGAGGGGGGGGGGGACGCUUCACACGCAACAUCCAGUCAGAACGCAGAUGUUUGAUAUGCAUAAGGAUGUUUCACACAGCGGAUGUUGUUAAUGCUCUUCGUUAAUGUAAAUAUAUUUGUCUUGUCAAUAAAGAUAAGAGUUUACUUUC